AUGACGCCCGGUCCUCCCGAUGAAGCGCUUCACUUUCGCGGAAAGACUCUGACUCCGGAAAGCCCUCGACCGCUGCACAUUCCGGAGCCAGCUAAUAUCCCAGUUCUGGAGAACCAAAUGGAUCCAGUCUUCAAUGAUACCUCAACCUAUGAACGUUCGGUGUAUACUCAGGUUCCGCAAACCCAUGAUGGAUGGUCGCACGGAGCGUUAAAAAAUGGCCAGGGGGGACCGUUUCAGACCCAGGGUGCCGGUAGUUUUCAAGGCUCGCAAUCAAGUGUGACGCAGAAUGGAAUAACUGUUUCUGCACCAUACUACACUCCAAAGCCUGCAUCGGGGUCCGAGAAAUCUGGCCUUUCGGGCUCAAGGUUCUCUCUCCCCGAUUCCACUCAUUCCCACACUGCUCCGGUUGCUCCGGUACCCCAAGGCUUUGCCACUGCGAGCGAAGUAGAUCAUGCCCACGCGGAGCUGUCCAAAAUGAACGCCGAGAAGGAAGAUGUGGGAGUCAAUUUUCAGAAUCUACUCGACAAUAUCUCUUACCCCAACCCUGGUGCAACCAUAGCCGCCGUGUCUCCAGCCGUGAACACAUCUCUCCACCAAGCGACCGCUGGCGAAGCCCUCCAACCCCAGAGCAUCCCUGCCCACACUCAAGCCCAACAUAAUUCGUCUACUCAGGCCCCCUACAGUCCAAAUGACGAGGUGGCAUAUGAACCUCCCUCCAAUGCAUCGCUAGCCCACGCAGCCCAAUCUAGUAGCCUUCAGCCUCAGCAAUUUUCCAUUGCUCCGGGGGCGGCCGCCAACAAUCCGCCUCUCUCCACCUUCCCGCAAACCACGUCUAUCCUGGCUGAAACCCAGGGCACCGUGCAAGAGCCUUCAGCAACUUUCAAGAGAGGUCGUAUCGAAAAACCCGGCCGAUCCGUCAAACCUACCGAUGAUGACUCAUUUUGGGGCCCGGAAGUUCAAAAGAAGUACGACGAGUUCCUGCAUGAUGAGCGGGUUUACGUGACGGAGGGUCUUUGGGAUCGGUUCCCCAUGGGCUCCAGACUGUUUGUUGGCAAUCUACCUACUGAAAGAGUCACCAAGCGAGACAUGUUCCAUAUUUUCCACAAGUACGGAAAGCUGGCUCAGAUAUCGAUCAAACAGGCGUACGGUUUCAUUCAAUUCUUGGAAGCCAGCUCUUGCCAUGCGGCUCUCGGGGUUGAACAGGGAGCCACUGUCAGGGGCAGGAAGAUACGUCGCCAGACUUCAGCCGUUCCAGUUCUGGGCGAACAAACGCCCGGACCUCCAACGAUCGUUACGACCGACCCAAGCCAUAUGAUGCCAGUCGGUUGCCGUUCAGUGACUUUCGAGAUGAACCUUCACACCGUAGCAGACGGGAUGACUAUCGCCCGCCGCGCUCCCCUUCCCCGCGACCUUUUCGAGGGUCCCGAGACGGGUAUCGGUCACGCGAAAGAACACCAGAGAGAUUCGAUCGUCGCGAGCGAAGGCGCUCCCGUUCUCCGCGUUCUCCACGCUCACCCUAUUCCAGAGACCGACGAUAUCGCAGCAUUAGCCCAAGGCUGCGUGGCAUCUAUGAAGGCGAAGCAGAUCUACCAGUGCCUCGACGAGCUCAGCGAGAUGUGCCAGAAAAAUUUUGUUCUUCAUGUAGAAAACGCAUUCCGCAACCGUGGAUUGCGAGUAGAUGUCCUUGUGCUUGGUCCACGGAUCCCUCUUGGUGCCGCAGUGCAUCGCCAGUUUACUGAGGGUGUUCUUGCGGUUGUUCGUCUAUCUCGUCCCAACCAGGUUUCCCGAAAGAUUCCUCUGCAGCUCUUUGAUCGCACGGCCGGAUUAGAUAAUGUCCGCUUCCUUGAUUACCCUGAACUCGAGCCUAACUUGUCCGCUGAGCUCCUCAGUCACCAAGCUCAGGCGAUGCAGCGAGGAGCUGCCCCAGCGGCAUUUGCACCAAAUCCUACCUUUGUCGUACCCCCAGCGCAGCCUAUGGCAGUUCCUCCGCCUGUCUUGCCUGCACUUUCAAAUCAGCCCAAUAUUGCAAAUCUCAUUGGUUCUUUGGAUGGCCCGAGUCUUUCGUCUCUUUUAUCGGCACUCCAGCGACCUCCGCACUCCCAGCCCGUAUCUGCCACACAGUCACCAUUCUCCUCACCCAACCCACCUCCGGCCGAUCUAGCCAGCCUCCUGACCAACGCCCAUCGGCCGCCACCUAUGCCCGCUACCCCGCAGCAACCUCUUUCUCGCCCACCUUUCAAUCUCCAACCAUCAAAUGCGCCUGUCAUCACAGAUCCGACCCUGCUUUCCCUCCUGACCAAAGGUCUAGGCGGGCAACAGUCGCAGGGCCAGGGACCCAUUGGACCCCAGGUACAGAACCUUAUGCAACACCUGGCGAAGUGGAAGCAAUGA